UUUACACCAACCUAGACCCAGACCUAAAUUUCGCUCUCUUUUCAAACUUAAAUCUGAAUGUUUAUUUUUUAGGUUCUGAUUAUCAUUUCAUGAAGAUUUUGGCGGAAAGGCUAGUACAUGAGGAAUGCAGGUAUUUGUAUUAAUGCAGAGCCAUCCAGUCAGGUUUGUAUACAUCUGACAAGGUAAGUUUGUCAAGGUUUGUAUACAUAUAACGACACAUGCAUAUAUAAUGUUUAUUGUUGUAUUAUCACUUACUAUAAUUGUUUUUCUUGUUACAUAUUUGCUAACGUGAGUCAAAAUGUUUGACAAUUCAUGUCAGCACAUACAUUCCGGUUUUUUGCGAGAUUUUGCCGAGUAUGGUCUGUGCGGGAAGGCAUUGAUUUGAUGCCUUUCCUGAAAGUUACUUAUCAGAUAACUUUCAAUUUUCAGACUAUUUCGUUCUAAGGUUAAGAUUAAAUUGCAGCAAUGAAAAAUAGUUUGUUUUUUGCGAGAUUUUGCAAACUAUUUUACAACACAUUGCUGAAAACAAUCUUAAAUACCUCGGAACAUGUUAUCUAGACAAUAUUUGUGCACACUGCUCAAAUAUGUGUAUAUAUUUUUUCUAUUUUGUUAUUUAGGUAUUUUAAUUAUAGAUAUAGCUCUUAAUAAUUCUGAAUUUUCAGAAAGAGCGACAUUACUGGUUCUAAUCUUUUUCUUUUUGUGUUUCAUUAUUUCUCCAGACAUAGAUGAGUGUCAAAACCCGUCUCUAUAUUCAUGCCCUCGUGGAUUUGAUUGUGCCAAUACUCUCGGCUCCUAUAAAUGUGUUUGCAAUGGAAGGAUAAGAAAUGGCGAAUGCAAUUAUAAAGGUAUACUGUAGCUUUGAUAUAUUUUUGUAUAAAUAUAUAUGCAUGAGUGAUUUCUAACAUAAAAACCUUGUACCAACGUCGAGCAAGCAGUAUAACGACACAUAUGUCCUAGUGAAUGAUGCUUUUGGUAUUUUAAGGUAAAUAGCGCGUACUGUACACAGCCGAAGUGUAUCCAUGGGAGAUCCUUCCACUUUAGGACUAAUUUUGUGACUCUUUCAAAACUAAGAAGAAGAUUGGGGGGGGGGGCGUAAUGUUUUAAUGUUUUCAUCUAUGACAUAAAAUAUACUAAAUCCUUAGCUAUCUAGUCACCAUGAAGCGUACGUGUCUAAAAUGCAUGAAAUUGCGUUUUGCCAACCCUGAAAAUAGAAACAUAUUUCGGGGAACGUCGAUAUGAUCCUCUCCCCACUUGUUUAGGGCUGGUUGCGCCUCUUGUAUACGUACUAUUAAAAUUUAGAGACACUCUCGAAAAUCUAAAACCAAGGUGGCCAAUCUAAAAACAGGUGCCAAACAAGUAGAGAAAUUCUACAUGGCUCGACUGGAAUUCGAAUCCACAACCUUUAGUAGUCCCAUGCUCGAUCGACUGAUGUACAGGUCAAGUUGGGAACCGGUCGUUGAAAGAUUGUAUUUCUAGAGCUUUUGAUAUUUCGAUAUUGGGUCUAGUUUCUUCGAUAUCGAGAAAUUGUGAGUUAGAGUGAACUCGGGUGGGUAUUAAGGUGGUGUUGGGAGCUACUCGGAGUAAAGAACCAUACCGGAUAAGUAGAGAAAACUCUAGUUGGCCCGGCUGGUAUUCGAACGUACCCACGACCUUCAGUUUAUUAGUUCGAUGCUCUCCCGACUUAGCUACAGGUCAUUUUGGGAGUAGGUCGUUGGAAGAUGUUUAAUUUAUAGUUUUUAUCAUUUUCUAUUUCAGAUUACACACGCCAUCGUUUGAACUUGCGUCUGAAAGAAGAAUAUACAAAUGCGCUUAGUAACAACGCCUCUAAACAAUUCAAGGCAAUUGAGACCAGGAUAACAAGCGCGGUUUGUGGAUUUUAACAAAAUAUGUUUUCUUAGCUCCGGCUACUAUACAUGGAAAACACACGUUUGCGAAUCUAUAUUCGCAAAUUCAAACCUUGCUUUAUUGAUAAUUCAGUUCGAGUUCUUGCAGCAUUUGGAAGUAUUAAACCUUUUCUUCACUAAGCGAUUUUCUGCUGCGAAGCAAAAUAACCAUGACUUCCAACAAACAAAUUGGCUUAGAGAAAAACUUACUUUAUUGUUAAGGCUGUUUACCUAAGGCGAAUUGAACCUCUGUUGUAUAUCUAUGCUGAAUCUGGGCACCUACAGUAUUACUGACAAAAUGGUGCAUGGUAGACAGCUGCGGAUACUAGUUUAUUAUGUUGAUAAUCAGUAGAAAUUUUAAAUUUGCUGUAUGUAAAACCAAUAAUGAACUGUUUUUCCAGUGUAGGUAGGCAGCAAUGAGCUACACUAUAUUACUGGAGGACGUGAUCGGCAUAAAAUAGUGAAGCCAAAAACAUGGCAAUUUUGACGCCAUUCCCAUGGCAACUGGUUCCUUUUGGCCAGGAAAAUACCACUGACAAGGCUAAUUUCUAAGCCCACUGCAUUUUUCACCCCCCCCCCCUGAUUUUUGCAAAAAUAUUCCUAGGUUUUUCGAGUUUUUGCAGUGAAAACACUGUUAUUAAAAAACACUGUUAUAAAAAAAUAUGAAAUAAUAUCGUAAUAAGCAUUUAUUUUUAGCGCGAGAAACGUUGUACAAUAUAGUGAAUAUUUUAGCCACGAUUAUGUAAGUCUUGUCGUACAAAUAUACAGAAAUUUUACCACACUUCCUCCGAUCCCUCAAAGUGCAAACGCAGAGGGUUCACAUUUAACAUUUUUGAAUUUCAUAUUAUUCUUUGAUUAAUCGAUUUGCUGAGUAACUUUUGUUUACAGAUGUAAGACAUGAAACCACAACUGUUGUUAUCUUUAAACAAGGGAAUUAAGAUAUCAAAGAAUUGGUUGUUAUGUCGGGAAACUUUUGUACCAACCAGUAAACAUCAUGUCAUUAUAUAAAUUAUAUAUAAAACUGAGGUCUCUUUUUCAUUCAUUGCAAGAGCAAUAUAACCAUUGCAAGUGUUUUCAACCAUUAUUCUUCCCCACUCUACAUGGAAUCACUCACAAUGAACUUGAUUUUGGUGAUAAAAUUAACAAAGCUAUGAGGGUGCUGAAAGCGGUGCUGGAAAAAGCUCAGGUUGUCGUAGCUAUUGAUCUGAUAUUCUGGUAACAUUUUACGUAGCUUUCUGGGUAAUGGUGUGUUGGCUUAAUAAUUUUUGUUCUUGAAUAUGUGUGACAGUGUACAGUAGAAAGUAAAUAAGAUAGUUUCUAGGGGUCCACUGGAUCUCGGUUUAGGUCAAAACCUGGAAAAUAUAUGCCAGUCAGACCUCGAAUAAAUGACUAUAAAUUGUCAAAUAAAAUCACUUCCAGUUCUUGCUGAAAUGUUUGUUCAGUUACUGGCCAACUACCGUCCAAGCUUGAAUUAAACUGGUUCGUGUUCGAACAACAUGCAGAUACUUCCAUAUAAAAUUGGCAGGCUUAACUGCACAAUGUACAUAGCCAAAUUUGAAAAAUAAGGACCAACUUGUACAUUUUGAAAAAAGAGCUUACUUUUCAGGUAGUUGCCUCAUACAUCAAAGCUUACGCUGUGGUAAAGUUUUGAUUUUGCUAGUGUAAUCUUCCUAUUAAGUCACCUCGUCCAACGUAGAUGAAAAAAAUUGUUAAGCCCCCUCUCUAUUAACCCAUAAAGUGCCAGCACUCUCCUCUUGGCAAGUAAAAUAAUGGGGCACAUCAGGGCGCAAUGCGACCGUAUGGGUUAAACAUUCUCUAUUAAGACGUACAGUAUGAUAUAUCACACGAGAAGACAUGUUUUGAGAUUUAUUUAUUAUAUCUGGCUUAAACAAAUAUUUUUUAACACAAUGUAUCGUACUUGCAGGGCCUUGCCAACCGAUAUGUCGCAAAAAAGUUUUAAAUGUUUUUAGCACAACCUAAAGUUAUAAAAUUGACCUAAAUCUUGCAUAUUUCAGGUUUGGGCCCCCUUUUAACAAAUUUGAUUCCCUUCCUGACUUCUCUUUGGGGGUGUUACGCCCCCACAUCCCAGUUGGUCCGACCCUGUGCGCUUGAAAUAAGUAUCAUUAAACCUCCUCCUUCAUCCUCCUCUACAAGAGCCCUUAGCCCCCUAUCGCAAUCUCUAUAUUACCCCCAAAGUUUCAUUACUUUGUUUACCUUCUUCAAAGAAUAAUAAUAGAUUAAUAAGGAAAAAUUUUACAAACUAUAUAUACAUCCAUAUAAGUUAUAAUUAUUACUGCAAGCAGCCAUAUUGUAUUUUUAAAGGUUUUGGUCGUGAUAAACAGAGAAUCGUGUUAUUGUGAUGUUUAAAAACAUGGCCCUUUUCCAUGGCUCUUUUCCUUCUAAGUAGGACAACAUUUAACAUAAUAUGGGUUCAAUAACAUACGGUGCACCACUACAUGUCUACAACACCACUCGAUCUUGCUACUUGAACACUUAAGACCUCAGGUGGUUUUCUUUUGCACAUAAUUUUCAGCAUCAGCCUAGAUAAGAAAAAUCCAGCAUAUUUAUAAUUAUUUUACAAUAGCAAAUGGCAUGUAUUUGGUCAUUUCAGCAAAUGUCCUGACUAAAAUCCGUAUUUAUCUAAUAAGUUAAUGUGGGUAGUACUACAAAUCAUAAAUAUUAGGUUUAACAUUGAGCAGCAUUGCGUCCUGAUGCACGGCAUGCACCCCGCGGGCUGAAAUUACCAUGGCUUGGCAGGUUGCAUGCACCCUACUUUAUUAUUAUUUUACUCUGUCUAAUGCCAGGCUAUUUUACUCAUUGAAGGGAAAGUGCUGCGCUCGAUGAAUUAAUCCGAAAUCUGCUGAUAUGUCUAGUUACCCAUUGCAUUGCACUCUGAUGCAUCCUUUUAUUAUUUUACACUGCCUAAAAACAAGACAAUUGUACUUAUCAAUGGAAGAGCAUGCCAGCUCAAUGGGUUAACCUUUUGAGUGGCAUUGUCCUUAUUAAAGUGCCUACCUUUAGUUAUACCCAUCAAGGGAACUAGCACUCAUGGGGUUAGAUAAUAUAAACUUUUUGUCAGUGCUUGAUGCUGAACUUUUGGAGGGUGCUGGAAAGGUUGGCUGUCAGGCUGUGCACUCACACUCUUGUCCCUUGUAGAUAGCUGCUAUUUCAAAAACCCGGCAAAACUAACACUUAAAAACGCAUUAAAUCAAUAAACAAUUUUAAAGACAAACACAAACCGAAGUACCAUAAAAUCCAAGAAAUGAGUUUAAUAAAACAAGAAAAGAAAGAGUUUGUCAAGGAAAACUUGCAUAAAUUACAAUUUUAAUGUAAAAAUGAAAAAAACUGCUGUAACUAGUACUCGCAGUUUUAAUACAGCAUCGGGUUUUGACAUAUCCACGAGUUUUAAAAAUAAACAGUAUAUGGCAACGUUGCCAAGCGAGAAAGUAAAAAAAUUCGCGAAUCUUACCGGUAAUAUUCUCCUUUUAGAGCCAGAACAGGCACAGCAAAAAUGCAUCGUCUUUCUCGACUUUGUAAAACAUGCAAAAUCGAUGAAAAAUAUAAAGAUUUUCUGUUCAAAAACAAACUAUUUUAAUUACAAACCAAAAUAUUUUAUAUUUGGAAAAAAAACAGGGGGGUGAAAGAUAUUGUUUAAAGCGUAGGAUCGCGGUUGGGCAGUGGUAAUUACCAUAAGACCUAAGAACCAGUAGUCAUGGCAAUGGCGUAAGAUCCUCCACUUUUUGGCUUCACUUGAAUGACUGGCGGAAAGAUAGGAGCACCUCCUCCAAUAAUAUUAUAGCUCAGUGGUAGGUAGUGCCAAUGAUAUCAACAAGCUUUCUAAGGCUGUAACUACCUGUAAGAUAUAAGAAGAAUUGUAGUGUACAACAGGUAGUUGCAUCUCUACCAACGAACGCUUGUUUAUGUUGCAAUAUUCUUUCAGAUGAGGAAAGUGUACGAAAAAAACGACGCUUAUGUUGCGAUAGAAGUAAAAAAAAUGACGUAAGAUUUUAUUAGAUGCUACACAAAUUUUAUUUUAAGAUAAAGUAUUUUCUUCUUAAUGUUUUAAAAUUAAAAUCCUGAAUUCAUUAUUAUCUGCAUUUUAUGAGCAUACAAUAUUUAACAUUUACAUGUAUUUUACAUUAGCCUGUCCCUUCCUGGUAGUUGUUAUUUUAAGGUCCAUAGCAGAGCCUUGAGGUUAACAAAAAGAUUCGGUCGGUACGAUUCUUUUUUAGCACGGAAAUUUGGCUUCGACCAUGCGCAAAAGAGACGUUAUAGUUUCUGUUUCCGACGUCUCGCUGCUUCGGAAAAUAACAAAAUGUCUGCCAAAGAAAGAUUUCUUAAUAUUCAUGUUGAGCGCAAAGAAAGGCAUUCCAUUUAUUUCAGAGUGUAUAUGUUCUUGUACUCUGUCCCAUAAUCAAUUGAGAUGUUUUUGUUACAUUUAACUUGUUAUAACUGAACCGAGGUUCAUGUACUCCCAAAAGACUGGAACCAAGAUAAAAAUUUCAGGAAGUGCACAGCUCCAGUUCACAGAAGUUGAGCGGCAUUUUUAUUUUAGGAAUGGAAGUGUUAUCGCAGAAAUGGAAUUGGUAUUCACCGACAAAAACACGAAAGGCAUUAGCGAGUUAUUGGAAGCCGUAAGAAACAAUUCUUUUGGUGAUUUUAAAGUUGAACCAAAUGCUCUUACAGUUGUAAUCACAGGUACAUGAAUAUAUCUAAGGUGAUAGUUUCAUCUAAAAAAUUGCACGUUUGUCGUCUCAAGUAGUGUGUUCACAUUUUUUUUAAACUUUCAUAUGAAACAGUAAAGUUAUUUUAUCUUGUACAGCGCAUAAAAGGAGUGAAAUGUGUUUAUGAAUUAAAAAUAAUUGGAUAGGGAUACUAUACUACCCGAAAUUAGAGAUAUUAGGGAUACUAUACUACCUGAAAUUAGAGAUAUUAGGGAUACUAUACUACCUGAAAGGAGAAUUUCCACGUUUCGAGCGCAGGCUCUACUAACUUUCCGAAGAAGGAUCUUAUAUAAAAAUAUUAAAAAAAGGAAUGAUAAAAUAAAUGUUUUAUUAUGUGCAUAAUGUGACAAUGCAGACUAAACUAAUAUUUCAUCUCACAGGAACAUGUGAAUCUCACAAAUGUCCUGGAAAUUCAACAUGUGAACAAUUGACGUCUGACACAAUAUCAUGUCCUUGUAAUGACGGAUAUUAUUUUGACGGAGCAAGCUGUAUAGGUACAGUAAAAAUCAUCAUAUUUUAGAAAAGAAAUUCGGUUCAUGCUGGAAAUGCUGCAGGUAUAGGUCAUACAUUCGAAAGUUAAAGUUGGAAUUUAUUGUAUAUUCUAGCUAUAGCCUGCAAUCUGUCGGCUGAUAAAAGGCUAGAAAGACUAAUAGGAUAAUAUUUUAUUAAUCUGCUACAUUGUAUCAUAUAAUUUUUUCUGUUUUUCUUGACAUUGUUUAGCAUUCUGUCAUGCGGGAUCAUACACAUCCUUAUAGGCAUAAUCAAGAGUUUAUGCAUGCGAAUAUUACCGAAAUCAGUCGAGUUUCUUUUCCGGAAGUUACAUAACACCUUCAUGUUUUAUGUCGUCACGGUGAAGGAAUGCAUUGUAGAUUGUAGAACUCGUAUGUUAAUUUUUUUUAUUUACUUUAUUUAUGAAAUUUGCUGUGUUGGUGUAAUGUACUCAGGUGAAUAAGAUAUUUGUGUGAUGUACUCUGAGUGUAUAUUCACACCUGGCAGGCUUGAAAAAUAUGCUUGCCCACGGUGGGAAUCGAACCUACGACCUACAUACAUACAUACAUACAUACAUACAUACAUACACUUUAUUUCAACACGGAAGAAUCAUCAGUACAAGAAUAAAAUACACAAAUUUAAAUACAUACAAUGUUAGUCAAAAGAUAAAAAUAAUAAUUACUGUUUUACAUGAUUGCCGUGCAAGAGUCCAUAUACUCAGUAUACUAUAGGAAAUUAGUCAAUUCGACUUUGAAUGAAUUGAGAGAAGGGUCUGAUCUGAGUUGUUCUGACAAGCUGUUCCACAGAGAAGCACCACUGUAGCUGAAAGAACGUUUUAAAUAGUCUGUUCGAGGUUUUGGAACAGACAAUUUAUUUAGAGAAUUUCUCAGAUCAUGAUUGCUCACUUUGGGUGUAAAUAACUUUUGGAAUACUAGCCCAAUGCUCUACCAACUGAGCUACGCGGUCAGGCUACGCGGUCAGAGUAACAUCACACAAACAUUUUAUUCACCUGAGUACAUUACACCAACACAGCAAAUUUCAUGAUUAUUAGAUUACACUGAUAUCGAAGGAACUAGACUGAGUUCCGAAGUACCGCAUACUCGAACCGUCCUGACCGCGUAGCUCAGUUGGCAGAGCAUUGGGAUAGUAUUCCAAAGGUUGUAGGUUCGAUUCCCACAGUGGCCAGGCAUAUUUUUCAAGCCUGCCCGGUGUGGAUAUACACUCAGAGUAACAUCACACGAACAUCUUACUUUAUUUAGUUUGCAUUUUUCUUCUCCCAGUGCCUCCCCACGAACAAAGGUUCUACCUAUGCUCGAAAGCUUGGUUUGCUCUUGGCGAGCCAUUGGCAAUUUGUCAAACUAAAUAAAGUUAUUAAUAACUAAAAUAGCAUACAAUUUCCAAAACAUGAACGUUUCUACUUUCUUCUGACCGUCUUUUCGACGUCCGGAAAAGACACUCUACUGAUUUCCGUAAUACCACUCUAUCUGUUCUGUAAAUUUCAUUUCGCUCACCAUAACAAAAACAUUGUUAUUUAUUUAUUCACCCAGAAGGAAGUGGCUGGAUACUAAUUAUAUUUGUUCUGAUAUUGUUGUAUAAAUUAUCAAUUGGAUUUCUGUUUCAGCGUUUAUCGUGAUAAAAGUUGAAGUAGCUUUGGAGAAAGAGUUUACUGAAGAGCUAACCAACAAGUCUUCGCCAAUUUAUCAAGAGUUGGAAAGAAAUAUCACUGAAGAGGUAAUUACAGAUAGAAUAUUGUUGGAAAAUCGCCAUUUAUUAGACAGUUUGCGCAGCUCCGUUAGAACAAAUAUUUAAGUCUGUUAGGCCUAGUUGCUGAUAAUUUGAAAUAUCUAGGUUCCGCAGUGCAGCUGUAAGGGGCAGGGUUUUUUUAUUAACUUUACAAUCAAAUGACUGAUGCAUGGUACAUAAGGACAACGGGCGUGAGUCCCUAAUUAAGUCCCAUCAAAAACUUACAUUACAUAAUUACUUAUAUAGGUAUUACAAGAAUACGUAUUAUAUACAUAAACAUUAGGGUAUACAACAAUUAUAAUUACAUCUAACGUAUAAACAACAGUUUGUACGGAAAGAACAACAAUAACUGCACACAAUUUUCCACGUUCUAGGAAAGAACGAUUUACAAAAACUGGAUGAUCACUUUUGUUUACGCAGGCAAUCACAGAGCACAUUCAAAAUGUGGAGUUGAUUAUAUUCUAUUCGUGAACAACUUUUUUAGAUUACAUAUAUCUAAAUUUAUCGUCCUUCAUUGAAGGCGAUAACUCUACCCUUAGGAAAAUCUGGGGUUGGUAUGCAAAAUUUAUUUCACGAGCAAAAUUUUAUUUAUUUGUUGCAUUGGAACAGUAAAUAAUAUACAUGUGCGAACAGAUUGUCAAGCGAAAUGGAAUAAAUAUAUGAUUAAUUCAUUGACUCGUAUUGAUAUACUUUGUUAUUUUUUAAGCUAUAUAAAAAAUUUAAAGACACAGAAAACUUUGAAAAAGUAGUUGUCUUGGGAUUCAGGUAAAUAGAAGAAGGCCAGGUUCAGACGACAAACUCUUCAUACGUUGAACAUCAUGUCCUCAUGAUCAAACUAAAUACCGCAAUUGAUUUGGACGUUGGGCUAAAAUGUAUCGUGACAAAUGACAGUAUAUCAUAAAUUUCAGUGAUAAAUUGCUAAUAAACGCCGUUAAUAUAUGAUUUACGUUAAACAAUUUACGGAUUAGGUUGGGCGCAUGAAUCGUCUAAACCCAUAUCGAUUGUCAAAUGCUCAAAUCUGUGUCGCAUAAUACGACGUGACGUGCCGUAUUUUGCGCCGUGUUGAAAUUAAUAAAAACUUGCCAAAUUCAAUUGAUUUAGACGCAACUCUUUUGUUAUAAUUGUUGCACUAGGUGCCGCGCAUGAACAGUCCCCGUUUCAAAACAAGACCUCAACUCAGGAUAUAAUUUCCAACGAUUGGAGGAGGGAAGCUAGCGAUGUGUAAAAAGGAAAGCAUCAUAAUAGCAGAUACAGCAACUGUAUAAAAUACAAAGCAACUACAACUUUUCUGUACGUCUGAUAAGCAGGGGUGUACUCACCCCUCUGUUUUCUUGGGCCAGCGAAACGCUGUUAUCUCAAUCUGUUUUUGUUAAUAUGAAAGUGCCAUAUUUGGUAUAUUUUAUGUCAGAUAUUAAAACAUGACGGGGUUGUGAUAGGGGUCUUGACGCCCUAUUCUCCUCCCCCGUGGCUACGCCUCUGAUUAGAAGAUAAAAAGUUUCCAUAUGGUUGACUAGAUCCUUAAAAUCCGGUAUGUCCCGAAGACAUGAUGGGACCGAUACGGCAACUACACUGAUUCUUAAAAUAUUCCUGAUGGAAACAAUAGACUGUGGUGUCAAAAUAUAAUUAUGUCGCCAUUGACAAUGUUCAGGUUUCGGGGUACUUUAAUUUAGGACGCUUAAUUAAUUAGCUAUGUCACUGUCUUUCAUUUUUUAGGAGUGGGUCCGUUAUUGUUGAAUUUGAAGUUGUUUACCGAAAAGAUGCGAAUAACAAGAAAAUUAUAGUUGGAGAAACCGUAAGAGAUCAAAUUAUUAAAACUGGGAAACUUGGAAAAUAUCAAGUGAAGAGUGGUGUCGUUCAAGGUAAAACUUUAUCUUGUUUAUACAACCUCGUACCCAGGUUCUCAAUCUUCGCCCCUACCUCGCUUGAAUUGAGACCCUGGUAUCGGCUGGGCACGUGAUCCGUCAUAUUUUGGCGGAUUUGCUCAAUUGUUUUAGGGAAAGUAUAGUAAGUAGAUAUUGUAGUAAACAUUAAUAUUGUUAAAAUAACGUUACAAAACAAAACAUCUCAGUUACUGUCCUUUCCCUAAAAAGAAUUAAGCAAAUCGGCCAAAAUAUGACGGGUCAUGUGACCAGCCGAUACCAGGGUCUCAAUUCAAGCGAGGUAGGAGCGAAGAUUGAGAACCUGGGUACGAGGUUGUUGCUUAUCUUGCUUCAAGAAACAGACUUGUUAACUGUACAGGUCAAUGUAAAAUUACUUUAUGCAUUAUUUUUCAAUUAGGUAUAGUUAAUUUUGGAAAAUAGUCCUACUUUUUCUUAGUAGUCUACUAGUCUAAUUGAAAAUUUUGAAGCAUCUGAUUUUACACCAGUCCGAGUCUUAAUGUUUUAGUUUUCUGUAAUAAACUAUGACAGUUAACUAGAAAACAUGGCUCAUGCAUUUAUCCCCGAGCCGACGGCGCAAAGCGCCAUGCGAGGGUACUAAUUCCCCCCGGUUAUUUACACCCGAGGAAACGAAACCAUUAGCGAAAUCUAAAGUUCAUCAAUUAUCGCGGGCGUGGAUGACCAACGAUGUUGGGGUGGGUGGUCAUCCUCACUGAUCUCAAAAAGGUCCAAUUUAGAGUUUGAUUAUAACGACUGCAUACGACAGCGAAAUAGCAAACAUUUCCUGAUUUGAUGAUUGGUAAAUUUCUUGCAAAUAUAUUUCAUUUUUGCUCGCAUUUUUGCAAGAUUUUGUAAAUUUCAAAAGCUCUCUCAGAAAGAAGCUGCGAAAGAAUCGGCUAAUAGAAGGGAGCCGACGUUAACGAAGGUAAGUUCGUUUUAAAUAUUGAUUUUAUAAUGGUUUUAAAAUUAACCCGACGGCCUUUGCGUAUAUGAAACAACUAAACAAGACAGCAUAUAAUUUCAGUGUAACUUUAAUAUUGAUUCCCUUUUUUAUGAUAUUGAAUUUUUUAAAUAGAAAAGAAAGGAAAGUUAUUUGCAAUCAAGAAUUUGAAAUCACUUUAUUGCAAACUCAAAGUUUAUGAUGUUUAUCGAUAAAGCCAUUUUAAAAGGCAGUUUAGUUUCAUAAAGAACACUAGUGACUUUAAAAUGUUUUGCGUAGCGUUUGUGGUUGAAUUUUACCUUAACUUGAGGCUUAUAUUACGUAUAAUAACAUACUUAACAUGUAUAUGUUGGGAAAUUGAUAAUUUUGUAAUUAAACGUGAUAUUUUAGGCGAUUUUUCAUUUGUAAGAAUAUUCUUAAAGUUAUUGUGUUACCAUAACAACUACUUUAGAUACUUCAUGUUCGGAAAAUACAAUGGUUUUGUCAGCAAGGCGAGGGUUUCUGCAUGCAUGCAUGCAUGUAUUUUCUAGUGGUAAAAUAAUAAACAUCUAUAUCACUAUGUAUGUUAAAUCGUUAAAAUAUUUUUUAAUAUUAUACAAAGGAGUCUAGGAAACGUUUGGAGAAUGCAAGAGAAACGUCUAAACACACACCAAUGACCAUAAACACACGAAACGAAUUUCUCUAUUCCUUUUACAAUAUAAGUAAAAGAUAUUACACAGUAAAUUAUUUGAUUGUAAAGAUCGAUUUUGAAAUUCUCCUAACGUGUCAUCAAUGACAUUAGCUUCUGCAAAAAUGACCAAUUGCUAAUGUUUAGACGGUUAAUUAUUAGUAGCGAUUGAUACACCGGGUUAAUUAUUCGGUUAAUUAUUUUUUACGCAAAAUAGUUUUAUUAUUGUUUACGAAAAAAGUUAUUCAGGAAAAUGUUGAUCAUAUGAAACUACGAAAAAUAUCCUUGGCUCAGUUAAAGAACUUUUUCUUCAAUAAAUUUAAUUAGGGACAGUCACAUUUGGUUCAUUUUCUUGCAUAAAACUAUUCCUUGCACAUGUAGACUGUGAUUAUUUCUAGUUUUUAAGUUGUCACAUUCGUUGUUUUGCUUGUAUUUUCACAGAAAACUUGCAAAGCAUCAAAGUUGCUCCUUGUCGCUUCCAUUUUUAGUUUUUGUCAACCUUCGAACACUUGACAGUUGUACGUUCGCAAGGCAAAUUUCAGUAAGGUUGAUGCAUGUGCAGACAUUUUCCAGCAGUGUUGUUGUCAGUCCAUCAGCUUAAAUUUUUAAAUUUUAUGAGAGCGAAGAGCAAAAUUAAUACAAAAUUUUGAUGUUGAAUUUGACGUAUAAAUUGAUUAAAGUUAAGUUAUGCCCAAAACUUGAAGCAGAUGUGAUGUAGGCUGUGCAGAUUUGUUGAUGCGCAGGACCCAAAGAGAAACGAAGUGAAGGUAUACACCUUGAGGUAUAGUGGGAUUCGAUGAAUUCGGGAACCAUUACUCAAAUUCUACUUGACAAUGUUUUACAUGCAUAUUACACAACGUGUGCACUUUAUGCGGCCCGUUUGACCUCGAACGACCAAAUCGUGCAAUUUUGUAAACGACUUCCAACAAUAAACCAGCAAUUUUAAUCUAUUAUAUAACUUUCCACAGAGGUGAACCCAAAUCAAUACAAAAAAUAUUUAAAAUGAAUAAUGAAGCAGAACGCUGAUAAACACUUAUAAAGGUGAUGUCCACUCCGUUCAGCGCAUCAGUUCGGCUCAUAACAAAGGGGGACCCCCACAUAAAAACAUUGCCCAAAAUUUGCAUCUUGAAUUGAUGCGUACAGUUUAUGUUCAUUUACAAGUGUAGCGAACCAGAAAAGUGUUAGAUAUUCAGUUAGUAUAUCAUAUUUUACAAAUAUAGCAGUUCAAAACGUUAACAAAGUCCGCGCAUGUGCACAGGAGUGGAUAUCAUCUUUAAUACAAUGUUGCACUGGACAACGAGGAUUUGCAUUAUUCAUUGAUCCAUUUUAUAGUACGUGGAUAAUUACCAGUAAAUAUUGAGGCUCAUGAUGUAGAUUAAUCAUUUUGAUAUUUGACUGUUCCAGGACGUCCGCCACCACCAGCUGGAAUUAAAGAUACUGGUAAAACAGAUAACAGUAUUGACAUCAGCUGGGAGAGACCGAAAGCUUACAGUGCAUUUGUCAUAAAUGGAUACAUAGUUAGUCACAAGACUGGCGACGAGACACAUUACAAGAACAAUAAUAUUUCGGCGACAUCGGGAACGUUAAAUAUGGUAUUAACUGGUCUCGAGAGUGAUACAAUUUACGAGAUUACGGUUCAUGCUUAUAAUGAUGAUGGGGACGGGGAUAAACUUAAAAC